CUGGACAGAGGCGUCUGGGAGGGGACGGGCUCUGGCUGCAUUGCAUUGUGGGAGUUGCAGUCCCUCCUUCCUUCCGCUCUGGGCCCACUCGGUUAAAUUUAAAGUCCUUAAACUUCGCUUCCCCGAAUGCCUGCAAGAUUCCCGGGCUGCUUUGCGAAGGUGUGGCGGGGGAAUGUCAGCAUGGGAGGUAAUCCGGACAUUUUAAGUCAUAUAAAGAGGACAAAAGGGAGAUGAACAUUCUCUCGAGAGACUUUUUAUCAGUAUAAACCUAAAGCACCUGUAAUACAAGUGUGUGAAUUUCAGCCCGUGUCUGGCUGGGUGGUAAAUCUUUGCUGAUUGUAGUUAGCGUCACUACGCGGAAGUUUUCUUUGAACAUGACUUGUACUUUUUUACGAGCUGUACAGUAUGCAGAGAAGCUGCACAGAUCCUCUGGGAGUCGACUGUUGUUGCCGCACUUUGUGUUUAACAAAGCUUGCUUUACGACUGAGCCCAGUUUGAGAUGGGGGCUUCGAGAGCAGAAGAAAAUGGUGCGACCUGGAUCUUUCUAUGAGGUCGCCCAGAAAACUGUCUGGACGCAAGGACCGCGACCCCAGAAAGCAGAGGACAGUGGCAAGCAAGUAUCUGUGCGCAGAGGUCAGAGAGGGGAAACUGCUAUCCCAACGACUCAGAAAGUGAAAGAAGCUGGACGAGAUUUCUCCUACUUAAUAGUGGUACUCAUUGGAAUCAGCAUUACAGGUGGCUUGUUUUACGUGAUUUUCAAAGAACUUUUUUCUUCAUCCAGUCCUAGUAAGAUAUAUGGGAAAGCCUUAGAAAAAUGCAGGACACAUCCUGAGGUAAUUAGUUUCUUUGGUGAGCCCGUUAGAGGCUAUGGGGAGAUGACGAGACGCGGUCGAAGGCAUCGUGUCAGUUUUAUCGAAUAUGUAAAAGAUGGGCUAAAUUAUACACGUGUGAAAUUCUACAUUGAAGGGUCUGAGCCAGGAAAGCAAGGAACAGUUCAUGUGGAAGUGAAAGAGAAUCCAAAGAAUGGUGAAUAUGAAUUUCGAUACAUAUUUGUGGAAGUGGAAUCCUAUCCUAGAAGAACCAUUAUCAUUGAAGAUAAUCGAUUCCAAGAUAAUUAAAAGAAUCAAGCAAGCAUACUGUUUCCCGAUGGAAUUUUAACUUAAGUGGUAUUUUGCUCUCAUCAGCCAAUGCUAUUUGAGAUGCUCUUUCCUCUCAACUUGAUUAAGGAGUAUACGUGUCUUACUGUGAGGUUGGUAAGAAGAGCAAAGAAUUUGAAACUGAAGCUAAGGAACAUUUACAGUCGGGGCCUGAGAAAAGGAUGAGGAACUUUCAAAGGACAUGGACAUGAUAUUCACAGAUGGAUGAGACAGAUAAGGCAGAAAGAAAGAUUCCAAAAAGUGGGAGAUAACUAGGAGAAUGGUGCUAUCUGGUAUUGGCUGAAUCAUGUCACCCUAAAAAAUUUAUAUGUUGGAGCUUCCAUAUCUCUUACCCCCUCAGAAUGUGAUUUAUUAUAUUUGGAGAUAAAGCCUUUAAAGUGAUUAAAUUGAAAUCAGAACAUCAUUAUGGACCCUAAUUCAGUUUCACUUGUGUUCUUUUUUUUUUUUGGUUUUU